UUUUUCUUGUAACCUGGUGCAGCCUAGGAAUGUGGUCUCUUCAUGGUUGUGUGUGUUAACUCCUCAGCCAGGUUAUAUGCCCCUCAGGCCUCCAAGCAUCCCCCCAGGCCCCACAAGAUUUAGCACCGUGCUUUAUACUGAAAGCUGUCAUUGACAGCCCAGUGGGAGCCCUGGGGGUGGAAUGACUGGGGCAGAGCCCAAGGCCAGAGGCGAGAGGGGUAGGUAGGAAGCUGAGGAAAAAGCAGGCUCAGCAGGAUUAGGAGUCUAGAAACAGGGAAAGAAAAGAGCAGCAGGGAAAGUGAGUAGUUUGGGUCACCUUUUAUGCUGAGUGCAGACCAAGGAGGCCAGAAAGCAUAAGGCUGCAGGGUGAGGGGGGUUGGGACCAGAGCUGGGGGAGGGAUCUGCACAGAAACAGGACCCAGGGUCAGGAUUCCGCAGUGUCCCUACUCACCCACCUACACAACCAGGGAGCCUUAUCUGCACCCCUUCACUUAUCCUGUUUCCUGGGAGGCAGGACCUCACAUGCCUGGACGAGUUAAUGAUGGGAAGGAAUACGAUGAGGGAGGGGCCCCAGGCAAGGCCCCACCUUAAUCCUCCCCAUUCUCGCCUCACCCACUGCACAUCUGACAGGCACCGGACAGGAGUAGGCACCAAGCCCAUAGCUGUUUGCCUUUCAGCCUCCCCAGGACUCUUGUGGACCCUCACCCUGCUAGCUCGAAGCUGGCCCCCUGUAGGUACAGAAGGAUGACAGACUGCUACCGCCCCCCGGGGAACGAGACGCUGCUGAGCUCUCCCGCCUCGCGGGCCACAGGCACGGUCUUCCUGCUGCUGGCGGCGCUGCUGGGGCUGCCAGGCAAUGGCUUCGUGGUGUGGAGCCUGGCAGGCUGGCGGCCCGCGCGGGGGCGGCCGCUGGCGGCCACGCUGGUGCUGCACCUGGCGCUGGCGGACGGCGCGGUGCUGCUGCUCACGCCGCUCUUCGUGGCCUUCCUGGUGAGGCAGGCGUGGCCGCUGGGCCAGGUGGGCUGCAAGGCCGUGUACUACGUGUGCGCGCUCAGCAUGUACGCCAGCGUCCUGUUCACCAGCCUGCUCAGCCUGCAGCGCUGCCUCGCCGUCACCCGCCCGUUCCUGGCGGCCCGGCUGCGCAGCCCGGCCCUGGCCCGCCGCCUGCUGCUCGCCGUCUGGCUGGCGGCCCUGCUGCUCGCCGUCCCGGCCGCCGUCUACCGCCACCUCUGGGGGGGCAGCCUGUGCCAGCUGUGCCACCCGUCGCGGACCCACGCCGCCGUGCACCUGAGCCUGGAGACGCUGACGGCCUUCGCGCUGCCCUUCGGGCUGGUGCUCGGCUGCUACAGCGUGGCGCUGGCGCGGCUGCGGGGCGCGCGCUGGGGCUCCGGCCGGCGCGGCACGCGGGUGGGCCGGCUGGUGAGCGCCAUCGUGCUGGCCUUCGGCCUGCUCUGGGCCCCCUACCACGCCGUCAACAUCGUGCAGGCGGUGGCCGCGCUGGCGCCGCCCGAAGGGGCCCUGGCGAAGCUGGGCGGAGCGAGCCAGGCAGCGAGGGCCGGUACCACGGCCCUGGCCUUCUUCAGCUCCAGCAUCAACCCGGUGCUCUACCUCUUCACCGCCGGCGACCUGCUGCCCCGCGCAGGCCCCCGCUUCCUCACGCGGCUGUUUGAGGGCUCUGGGGAGGCCCGAGGGUGCGGCCGCUCCAGGGAGGGGACCAUGGAACUCCGAGCCACCCCUCGGCUCAAAGUAGUGGGGCGGGGCUUGGGCAACGGAGACCCGGGGGGCGGGGCUGCAAAGGACAGCCAGGAAUGGGACCCGUGACACCAAAUCCUGCUCUUCCCUGUCCACUUCCAUCACCCCUCAGAACUCAGAGACCAAUCGGGAGCCUUGGGAAGACUCUGACCAGUUUGGAUCUGUCGGGGCAGAAUUAUGUACCUGGGCAGGCCCAGGUUCCUCCAAACUGAGGGAUUGCCAGGGAUGAUGGUUCAUGCUAAUGAAAUUGUGCACUUGCAGGUUGGCAUGUGCCCAUGUGCCAGAGCUGCUAAUUUGUUGCCAACAGUUAUUGUGAAAGAC